AUGCAGAUUCUAACUUACAGAAGACUAUCAAAUCACUUCAUUUCGACUUUUCAAAUUUCAAGCGCCGAAAUCACUUGCGAUGCCUUUAGUGCAGACUCGGUUGAGGCAGAAGAAAUCGAUCUGACUUCACCAGUGAAGUUGCCAAUUCCCGGGAGCGGCGUCCACAGUAGUCACUGGCACCUUCUCUUCAACCCAUCAAUCUGCACUGUAUCUCAACUUUCGAUUAUUUUUCAACAUCGUAAGGGUGGGAAGAAGAAACCCGAAUAUGCACGAUAUCGUUCGAUCCAACAUUUCUUCAAUGAGAAGAGACAACAACUGCUCGACUCGGUGCCGCCAAGCUACAGCUUCAAUGGCCGCGUGGUCCCUGAGACAAGAGGUCAACUUAUACAGCCAUUACCCCCGGGUAUCUCUCGAAAUGCCUUGACAGAUGCGGCCGCGAUCCAGAAGCAGAAGCUCAAAUCAAGCAGAAGGGAGACAAAGAAGGAGCAUAAUCCGCAAUAUUGCCUGGGCAGGUACCAGCUCGUUAGCAUGUGGAAUGCGGACUUAGUUACGAAGGGGCAGGAAGAUGAGAGCGAGAGAGCAGUGGAGAAGAUGAGGGUGCUCCAGAAACGGUAUAGACUGCGAGAGUAUGAUCCAGAGAAGAGGGGACCGCAGGCGAACCAGGGCGCAGAUGACAAGAAGAGGAAGACGACUAAGCAGGGGGAGGCUGAUAGCAGAGAAGGAGCGAAUUCCGAGAAGCAGAAGAUGGACAACUCGGAAGGGGGAAGUCGCCAUGGCACAACCACGCUCUCUGCGCAAGUGGACGGCUUGGACUUGAAGGAAAAGGAGAUUUGUGAGGCGCAAGGCGGCGUAGAUGAGAAGUCCCCGCGGAAGAAGCAGGAUGUCAACGACGUGGAAGCUGCUAGUUCAGAUGCCGAAGUCAAGAUGUCGGCGGAAGUGACCCAUCCGAAGAAGAAGGUGAAAGCGUCUCUGGGUGCGCAGGAUGAGGCAGAGAGGGGCCGGCCAUUCCGAGCAGAAGGGGUCGACACUGUCGGAGCCGCAUGCCAUAUCUGGAACACGAAUAUCUCCGCAAGAAGACGCUUGUUGAAGAGAAAGAGGAGUGCGUGCGAAAAGCUGCAACAUGAAGAGAAGGAGCCGCCACAAAAGAAACAAAAGCUCGGCCACAAAAAGAGCCGUCGAGGUCGUGUCUCCAUGGUCACUUCGACAAACGCUUCCAUGAGUUUAGCCGCACGUUACAUUGCGUCGGUAUCUUGCGCUCAACCGUCCUCGAUUCUUCACGGCAAACCACAUAAGGAUCCGCCGCAGGCCAUUGAACAACAUGUGGUUUGGUCAAAGAUCGAUGACAUGCCGCAGGUGAUCCAAAAGCUGGAACAAAAGGUGCAAGACUUCAAGGAGAAGGAGAACGUGCCGGAUCUGGAGCAAAUUGGCGAAGACAUGUACCACGCGCGAGGUGAUGAUAGCUGA